CUUCCUUCUGCACGAGCCGAAACCGGCUUUAUGGCGCCGUGAAGAACAGCAGUGUUUCACUGUAACGCAGGAUGUCCAAGAUAAAGAAAGAAGUCAUGUUGACCCCAGAGUAUUACAGCAAGCAUCGUUCCAUCAUGGUCGUCUAGACGCCACCAUGGCCAUAGGAACCCAGCUUUUACUUCUGCUCUGGAAGAACUUGACCUACCGCCGGAGGAACAAGAUCCAGCUGAUCAUAGAGCUGCUUUGGCCGCUCUUCCUGUUCCUCAUCCUCAUCUCUGUACGCCACUCGCACCCUCCCUACAAACACAACCAGUGUCACUUCCCCAACAAAGCUCUCCCGUCUGCCGGCACUCUAGCUUGGGUUCAAGGCAUCAUUUGCAACAUCAACAAUCCAUGUUUCCAGUACCCAACUCCAGGGGAGACCCCUGGUGAAGUGGGGAAUUUCAAUAAGUCAAUACUUUCCCGGCUGUUUGUGGAUGGCAGAACCCUUCUCACUAACCUUGGCAACCAGACAACGCUCUCCGCCUUAGAGAACUUCUCGCAUGUUGUUCGGAGACUGGGCGAGGCUCAGGAAGAUUGGCCAAAGCUACCAGUGGCAGAGUACCUCAGAGACAAUGAGACAUUCUCAUCCUUCUUGCGGACCAAUUGCAGCCUUCCUAAUUCAGCUGUAGACCAGUUACUGAGAGCUCAGCUGCGCCUCCAGGUGGUGUCUCUGGCACGUCCUGGAAUGCGACUGUCCGAUAUUGUCUGUAAUGCCACACUGCUUGAGCGCUACCUCACAGUGCAAGGGAACUCCUCAUUUACAGAGCUACAGCAGCACUUGUGUGCUGUUCCCUCAGAUUUGCUGCAGCAGGCUGAGCAAAUCUUCCUUUCACAGCUGAACCUCAGCAGAAUUUUCACAAGGGAGCGGCUCCGCUCCAAUGCUGCUGAGGUUCGCCUGCUUAGCCAUGCUGUAUCCUCUGUGGCUCGGGAAUUCACAUCCAUGUUGAAUGAUAUAUCUGCUUUAUCAAGCUUCACGGAGCUGAAUGCAGAACUGAGUAAUUUUUUUCAAGAAAAUGGCACAGUGCUGCCACGUGAGAGGUUUCGAGCUUUCUCUAGGAUUGUAUGUGGCCAUCCUGAGGUGGGCGGUGAGAAAAUUCCUUCCUUUAACUGGUAUGAAGACCAUGACAUCAAGUCCUUCUUGGGUAAAGAUAGAACAGAGGAAAAUGGCUUAGAAAGUGACAAUGCCACCACUCCAUACUGUAAAAACCUGAUUGACACCCUUGAGUCGAGUCCCCUCUCUCGUAUGGUAUGGAGAGGCAUUAAGCCACUUUUCAUUGGGAAACUUCUAUAUACACCGGACACUCCUACAACAAGGCGCAUCAUGGAAGAGGUGAACAGGACCUUCCAGGACUUUGAAAUUGUGAUGGAAGUACAUGCUGCAUGGGAGGAGGUGGGACCCAGGCUGAAGAGCUUCAUGGAGAACAGUGUGGACAUCCGUUUGCUACAGGAUUCACUGAGGCGUCCCGAGGUGGCCGUUAUGGUAAAUCAACAGCUGGCGAACACUUCUUGGACAGCUUCUAGCAUUGCCCAUUUCCUCUCUCCGCAAAAGUCAGACACUUCUAAGAAAGAAGGAGCACCUCCUACAUGGCUGGAUCUCUAUGAGGAUUUCAAUAGCACCAUAAGCCUCCUGUCCCAACUCACAAAGUGUUUUUCAUUGAAUAAGCUGGAGGGAAUGGCCACAGAAGGGGAGCUGGUGGAGCGGGCACUGGAGCUGCUGGAGGAUCGGCAGUUUUGGGCUGGGAUAGUCUUCCUCCUUCCAGACCCUUCCUCCUCAGACCUUCCUCCACACAUCAAGUACAAGAUCCGCAUGGACAUAGAUGAUGUCACACGCACCAACAAGAUCAAAGACAAGUUCUGGGAUCCUGGUCCAGCUGCUGAGCCUUUCAGUGAUCUGCGCUACGUUUGGGGUGGCUUUGUUUAUGUACAGGAUUUAGUGGAGCGAGCUGUAACACGUGUGCUGAGUGGCAAACAACCAACUACAGGAAUAUAUAUUCAGCAGAUGCCAUACCCAUGCUUUGUGGAUGAUGUUUUUCUGCGAGUCUUAAAUCGAUCUCUGCCCCUCUUCAUGACACUAGCGUGGAUAUACUCAGUGGCAAUGAUCAUUAAAGGCGUAGUGUAUGAGAAGGAGGCACGACUGAAGGAGACUAUGAAGAUCAUGGGCUUGGGCUCAGGGACACUCUGGCUUAGUUGGUUCAUCAGCAGUUACCUUCCUUUUCUCUUCAGCUCUGGGCUUCUCAUUAUUGCACUCAAGUUGGGAGACAUCUUGCCCUACAGUGACCCCGCUGUGAUUUUCUUCUUCCUGGCCGCUUUUGCUACAGCCACAAUUAUGUUGUGCUUCCUCAUCAGCACGUUCUUCUCUCGUGCCAAUCUGGCAGCAGCCUGCGGAGGUCUCAUUUACUUCUCUCUCUAUCUGCCCUACGUGCUCUGUGUGGCCUGGAGGGAAUAUCUGACCAGCACACACAGAAUCCUAGCAAGCUUUCUUUCUCCAGUAGCCUUCGGAUUUGGUUGUGAAUACUUCUCUCAGUAUGAAGAGCAAGGAGUAGGGAUCCAGUGGUUCAACCUUCUGUCCAGUCCUGCUGAAGGAGACAUGUACAACUUUACUACUUCUAUCAUUAUGCUGUAUGUGGAUGCGGUCAUCUACGGAGUCGCCACUUGGUACAUUGAAGCAGUAUUUCCAGGACAGUAUGGAAUUCCCAGGCCUUGGUAUUUUAUGUUCCAAUUAAAUUACUGGAGAGGAGUACCACUGGAGGCAAACAUGCCCAUUCCUCCAGUACCGAGUGAUCAACCAGAUGAUCACAUAGAACCGGAGCCUUCUCAUCUCGUCCUUGGGGUAGCCAUACAUGACUUGGUUAAAAUCUAUAAAAGAGGGGCCAAACUUGCUGUCAAUCAUCUGAGUCUAAAAUUCUAUGAGGGUCAGAUCACAUCAUUCCUGGGUCACAAUGGAGCUGGCAAGACAACGACAAUGUCUGUUCUGACUGGUCUGUUUCCUCCGACUGCUGGCACAGUUUACAUCAAGGGCAGCGACAUUCGCACAGACAUGGAUGUCAUACGUAGAACUCUGGGAGUGUGUCCUCAACACAAUGUUCUUUUCCCAAUGCUCACUGUAGAAGAGCAUGUAUGGUUCUAUGGCCGCCUGAAAGGCAUGAGCAGUUGCGAGGUUAAAGAGGAGACGGCGUCCCUGCUGGAAGAUGUAGGACUGUUGUACAAACAGCAUGAGCAGACCAGGAACCUCUCAGGCGGCAUGCAGAGGAAGCUUUCAGUGGCUAUAGCCUUUAUAGGCGGUUCUAAAGUUGUUGUCCUGGAUGAGCCAACUGCUGGUGUGGACCCCUAUUCACGACGUGGGAUCUGGGACCUACUUCUCAAAUACCGCAAAGACCGAACCAUUAUAUUGUCUACACAUUAUAUGGAUGAGGCUGAUCUCCUGGGCGACCGCAUCGCCAUCAUCUCUCAGGGGAAGCUGUGCUGCUGUGGCUCUCCACUUUUCCUAAAGGCUCGACUGGGCACAGGAUAUUACCUUACUGUAGUAAAGAAAGAGCUCCAGAGUCUUACACCAAGCAGUGCCAGUGCUGCUAAUCUCUCAGCCUCCUCACACAUGAAGGAGAGCAAUUCUUCCUUAAGUGAUGAUACUGGACUUGGAAAUGAGAUUUCUGGCUCAGACGUGAGUGGACUUGUGGUUCUUGCUCAACACCACAUUGCUGGGGCUCAGCUAGUGGAAGAUAUGGGCAGAGAGGCAGUAAUCAACUUCCCCCAGGCUGCCUCAGAGGAUGGCACUCUUGCCCUUUUCUUAGCAGAGCUUGAAAAACGUCAGAGCGAGUUUGGCAUUGUCAGUUAUGGACUCUCAGAUACCACUCUCGAGGAGAUCUUUCUGAAGGUGGCUGAAGAGAAAGGAGUAAAUGCUGACCAAGAAGGAGGUGAAGGAGAACCGCCUGAGGACGGAGACACUGAUGCUAAUGAAGCAGACCCGCUGAGCAGUAAUGGAAAGGUUGGCUUGACCCUCACAGGCUGGGGGCUGACCUGGCAGCAGCUCCGCGCACUCUUUACCAAGAGGCUAAAGUACGCCAUACGCAGCCGCCGAGGUUUCAUUGCACAGAUUGUGCUACCUGCGGUGUUUGUCCUGGUGGCUCUGCUGUUCAGCCUCAUCGUCCCACCCUUUGGAAAGUAUCCCCCUCUUCAGCUGCAGCCGUGGAUGUAUGGCGAACAGUACACUUUCUUUAGCAACGACGCCCCAGAGAACCCUGAAAUCCAGAAUCUCCUCGAUGCUCUGCUGGAUCCGCCUGGAUUUGGGACCAAAUGCAUGGAGUCAGACAUGGAGCCCCAAUGUGAAGACAGUAAAGUGGGCGCAAGCUUUGUUCGACCCCAGGUUUCUUACACCACAUGGCAUCUCUUUAACAAACGCAACUGGACAGUUGAGCAUCCUUCUCCUGCAUGUGAAUGCAGCACUGAGGAUGUUCGCAGAAUGCUACCUGAAUGCCCAGAGGGAGCAGGGGGUCUGCCUCCUCCCCAGAUAAAAAGAUUGACAGGUGACCUGCUGCAGAAUCUGACAGGCCGUAAUAUUUCUGACUACCUCAUCAAGACUUAUCCACAGAUUCUGAAAAAAAGCAUGAAGACUAAAAAGUGGGUGAAUGAGUUCAGGUAUGGAGGCUUUUCUCUGGGCAGUAAAAAUUUGCAGAGUAAAACGGACAUCCGUCAGCUAAAGCAGUCUGUAAGGUCCAUCAGAACACGCUACAAAAUAGCACAGAACAGUUCACUGGGUGAGCUUCUGGAUAGAUUACCAGACUUCCUUUCUGGGCUUAAUAGUCAAAACAAUGUUAAGGUGUGGUUUAAUAAUAAAGGUUGGCAUUCCAUGGUGUCAUUUGUGAACAUCAUGAACAACGGCCUGCUUCGUGCAAGUCUUCCUCCAGGCCCAGACAGACAGAAUCAUGGAAUAACAGCCUAUAAUCAUCCACUUAAUCUCACCAAGGAACAGCUCAGCGAAGUGGCCUUAAUGACCACCUCAGUGGAUGUCCUGGUAUCCAUAUGUGUGCUUUUUGCCAUGUCCUUUGUACCAGCAAGUUUUGUACUGUUUCUGAUCGAGGAGAGAGUCAGCAAGUCUAAGCACCUUCAGUUCGUUAGUGGGGUCAAACCCAUUCUGUAUUGGACUGCAAACUUUCUUUGGGAUAUGCUGAACUACACAGUUCCAGCUACCAUGGUGGUCCUUAUCUUCAUUAGCUUUCAACAGCAGUCUUAUGUCUCUGAAAAAAACCUUCCUGCGCUAGUGCUUCUUCUGUUGCUCUAUGGUUGGUCCAUCACUCCCCUGAUGUACCCUGCCUCAUUCGUGUUUUCUGUGCCAAGCACAGCCUAUGUGGUACUCACCUCCAUCAACCUUUUCAUCGGAAUCAACGGCAGCAUAGCCACUUUCGUCCUUGAGCUCUUUGUUGAUGAACAUUUAAAUGAGGUCAACAGGAUCCUCAAGAAGGUAUUUUUGAUCUUUCCUCACUUCUGUCUUGGUCGAGGUCUUAUCGACAUGGCUAAAAACCAGGCAAUGGCAGAUGCUUUCCAGAGGCUUGGAAACAAGCAGACACUGGAGCCACUGGCAUGGGAUUUCGUAGGGAAGAACUUGUUUGCUAUGGCAGUCGAAGGUGUUGUGUUCUUCAUUUUUACUGUACUACUUCAGUACAAGUUCUUCAUACACUCCAGGCUGUGGUCUAAGCCUGUAUUGCCACUACUGGGUCCAGAAGAUGAAGACGUGGCAAAUGAAAGAGAACGUGUGAAAAUGAACAAAACCCAGGAGGAUGUUCUCACUGUCAGAGACCUGAGCAAGGUCUAUAAAUCAGGCAAGAGGCCAGCAGUGAACCGCCUUUGUAUUGGCAUUCCCCGGGGAGAGUGCUUUGGGCUUCUCGGGGUUAACGGGGCUGGAAAGACUUCCACUUUUCGCAUGCUGACAGGAGACACCACUAUUACCUAUGGCGAUGCCUUUCUCAACAAUUACAGUGUGCAGAACGACAUGGACAGAGUGCAUCAGCUUAUGGGCUACUGUCCUCAAUUUGAUGCCAUCAAUGACCUUUUGACUGGAAGAGAGCACCUAGAGUUCUAUGCUCGAUUGAGAGGAGUGCCUGAGGCAUAUGUAGCAAAGGUCUCACAGUGGGGCGUGAAAAAACUGGGACUGACGCAGUACGCUGAGCAAGAAGCAGGAGGAUACAGUGGAGGCAAUAAACGCAAACUCUCAACUGCGAUCUCUCUUAUCGGAGCUCCACCAGUUGUUUUUCUGGAUGAGCCCACAACAGGAAUGGAUCCAAAGGCUAAACGGUUCCUGUGGGACUGUAUUCUCAGCGUCAUCAAAGAAGGCCGAGCUGUCGUUCUCACAUCCCACAGCAUGGAGGAGUGUGAAGCGCUCUGCACUCGCAUGGCCAUCAUGGUUAAUGGGAGGUUCCAAUGCCUGGGUUCAGUUCAACACCUCAAGAACAGAUUUGGCGAUGGUUAUACAAUUACCCUCCGCUUGUCUGCAUCACCUCCGGAUCCCUGCCCAGUGGAUGCCUACAUCCAGAGCUGCUUUCCUGGAAUCCAGCUAAAAGAGAGACACCACAAUGUGCUGCAGUAUCAGCUUCCAACUCACGCCUGCUCCCUCGCUCACGUCUUUGACGUUCUGUCCAACAAAAGUGAAGAGCUGGAAAUAGCAGAAUAUUCCGUCUCUCAGACAACAUUGGACCAGGUGUUUGUCAACUUUGCGAAGGAGCAGAUGGAUGACGAUGACCGACUAAGAGAAGUGGCUAUAAUUAGUGAAUCAGAUGCCAUUCCAUCUUGCACAUUACUUCAGCAAUCCAGUCAAACUAUUUAUCCAUUGCUAACAACCUCUUCGGAACCUCACAGAUCUCCGGCUAUUGCUGCUCAUUCACCCUGUCCGUUAUCAUCAUCCAGUUUCAGACAGCCAGGAGAUGAGGUGUUAAAGACUAAAGUGAGCAAAUGUAGCCAAACGAAGCAACCUCAGCAAAUACCAAUGCAACCUCUAGUGGAUUUCUCACCCAAUGGAUUAAAGUGCACAGAAGGAGAGAAAUCACAGAGCAAAGACCUUAACAAGCUUUUCAUAGUCAAGAUAUAAUCAAACUCUUCGUCUAAGAUUUAAAAUAAAUCAAUCUGUCAUUUCUAUUCUAUGUUUUAAAGAUAUUAAGUGCUCUCAGGACCACUUUGUCUGAAAACUGGUGUAGGAUACUAGUUGCACUUCACAUCAAGUCAAUUUCUGGACAAAUUGUCUUUACUUAAACUUUAUUAUAUGAUUAUUUUUUUCAUAAUUAUCUGUAAGUCUGUACUAUGUGUUAUAAUCAGACACUGCCUUUAUCGGUCAGUCUUUUUAUUGUUGUUUUUGCUUUUAAAAGACUUCUCUUACGCACAUUGCAAAAGCUUUGGAAACCCAAACUGUAAAAUGCACUUAUGAAAAGGGUGAGUCCUGUGUCACUGGAAUGUAUUUAUAAAUCAAAAAUCACAUUGUAAAUAGUGCAAGCUUCAUAUUGCACAUAUAAAGUGAUAUUUGUUUCUUUGUAUACAUGUAGAAAAAAAAAUGCAAAUCCAUUCAAGUUCAGAACUAUGUGAAAAUAUGUUACAUAAGCAUUCAGAAACCACAGUAGGAAGAACCUGUUUCUUAGUACAUUAAAUUAAGUCUUUGUGCUAAUAAAUUUUGCACAGACCUCCAUGCUCAUUAAAAACAUCUGCACCUUUUUGCACGUCAUCAUGCACGUAUUUAAAUACAGAUGCACAUUACAGUAUUUGUGUCAUUUUACACAAUUCCAAAAUUAUUUAAACUACAUAAUAUUGCCCUUAUUUAUUCGUAUAUAAGUACUUAAUAAAUGCAUAAACUGAG